CUGGUCUUCGCUUCUUCGCGUCAGUGUUUAUUCGCGUUGUCAUGGCGGAGGGACGCGGAGAUAUGCCGCUUCAGCCGCCGCCGCUCCAGCUCCUCGCCUCGCCGCCGGCCAGCAAGCGACCGUGCUUGCGCCCGGCUCCUCGGGGCCCCGGUCCGGGGCCGGGUCCGGGCUUCCACAACUCGCGCACCCGCUGCCCGGAAUCCUUGCUGGACUGCGCCGCCAAGGCCGUGGCGGAGAAGUGGGCCUUUGAGCGGGUGGAGGAGCGGUUUGAACGGAUCCCGGAGCCCGUGCAGCGCCGUAUCGUCUACUGGUCCUUCCCGCGGAACGAGAGGGAGAUAUGCAUGUAUUCGUCGUUCCAGUGCCGGGCGGCCGGAGAGGACGCUCCCGCUGUGGGCUCCAGUGCCACGAAUGCUGGCUCCGGCACCGCUCCCGGAGGGGCGGCGGGCACGACGGGGAGCGCCGGGACUGGAGCCGCUGGAGACGGGCUCCCUUUCCGGCGUGGAAUCCGACUUUUGGAAACGGGCUGUGUGGAUAAUGUGCUGCAAGUCGGUUUCCACCUCAGCGGGACAGUCACUGAACCAGCCACACAGUCAGAGCCAGAAACAACGCACCGGGUGGCCAUCAGCUUUGACCGCUGCAAAAUCACAUCUGUAACAUGCGGCUGUGGCAACCGUGACAUCUUCUACUGCGCCCAUGUGGUGGCGCUAUCACUAUACCGCAUUCGCAAGCCCGAGCAGGUCAAGCUGCGGCUGCCCAUCUCCGAGACGCUCUUCCAGAUGAACAGGGACCAGCUGCAGAAGCUGGUGCAGUACCUCAUCACGGCUCACCACACGGAGGUGCUGCCCACCGCCCAGAAACUGGCUGACGAAAUCUUGUCCUCCAAUUCAGAGAUCAACCAAGUGCAUGGAGCCCCAGAUCCCACAGCAGGAGCCAGUAUAGACGACGAUAACUGUUGGCACCUGGAUGAGGAGCAGGUCCGAGAGCAGGUCAAACAGUUUCUCUCACAGGGAGGGUACUACGGUUCAGGCAAACAGCUUAACUCCAUGUUCGCUAAGGUGCGGGAGAUGCUGCGCAUGCGAGACUCUAACGGAGCGCGCAUGCUCACCCUCAUCACUGAACAGUUCAUGGCUGACCCGCGCCUGUCGCUAUGGCGACAGCAGGGUACCGGCAUGACGGACAAGUGCCGGCAGCUGUGGGACGAGCUGGGUGCUCUGUGGGUCUGCAUUGUGUUGAACCCACACUGCAAAAGCGAGGAGAAGACUGCAUGGCUGAAGCAGCUGAAGAAGUGGGGAGACAUGGACAUCUGCCCCCUGGAGGAUGGCAACUACGGCAGUGAGUUACCCAACAUCACCAACGCCCUGCCCCAGAGCAACCUGGCACAAGACUCAUUAGCCAGGCCUAGACGGACGGUGUUCACUCGAGCUAUGGAAGCCUGUGACUUGCACUGGCAGGACAGCCACCUGCAGCGAAUCAUCAGCAGCGAUUUCUACAUGUCCCCUGCUUAUCAGAGAGAGGGAGAGAGCUUGCUGUUUAACCCCCAGGGCCUGCCUUUGUGGCUGGAUCAUGUGCCUACUGCCUGUGCCAGAGUGGAUGCCCUGCGUUCUCACGGUUAUCCUAGGGAGGCCCUGCGUCUGGCCGUAGCCAUCAUCAACACGCUUCGGCUUCAGCAACAGCGGCAACUGGACAUUUACAAACACCAGAAGAAAGAGUUGCUGCAGAGGGGAAUGACCAGCACUACCAAUCUGGAGGGCUGGGUGGGCCACCCCCUCGACCCCAUCGGCUGCCUUUUCGCCACCCUCACCGAGACGUGUCGAGUGGAAGAUGACAACGCCAUGGAUACCGGAGAUUCAGGUGAGCCCAAACCCCCGGUGUAUCAGCAUGUGCCCAUAUGGGGCUGCCCAGACGGCGGGGAGUCGUAUCUGGCCCUGGCUCUGGAGGUGGCACUGAUGGGCAUGGGGCAGCAGCGGCUCAUGCCGGAGGGACUUUACGCACAGGACAAAGUUUGCCGCAACGAGGAGCAGAUAGUAGCCAAGCUGCAGGAGCUGGAGCUGGACGAGCUGCUGGUACAGACCCUCCGAAAACAAGCUGUCCUGCUGCUGGAAGGCGGUCCCUUUAGUGGCCUUGGUGAGGUCAUCCACAGAGAGAGCAUACCCAUGCACACAUUCGCCAAGUACCUCUUCACAGCACUCCUUCCCCACGACACCGACCUGGCCUACAAGAUCGGCCUGAGGGCCAUGAGGCUGCCUGUAUUGGAGUCCACGGCCCCCUCAGGCGAUGUGGGUCACCCCCACCACGGCAUCUCUAUUGUGCCCAGCAGAUACCCCCGCUGGUUCACCCUCGGACACCUGGAGUCCCAGCAGUGCGAGCUGGCUUCAACCAUGCUAACAGCAGCAAAGGGGGACAUGCUGAGACUGCGUACAGUUCUGGAGGCCAUCCAGAAGAACAUUCACUCCUCCUCACUCAUCUUCAAAUUGGCCCAGGAUGCCUUUAAAAUCGCCACUCCUGCAGACAACCCGCCUGACAUCACACUGCUCAAUGUUGCCUUGGAGCUUGGCCUUCAGGUUAUGAGGAUGACUCUGUCUACGCUAAACUGGAGACGCAGGGAGAUGGUGCGCUGGCUGGUUACUUGUGCUACUGAAGUUGGCCUGCGAGCCCUGGUCAGCAUCCUGCAGUCCUGGUACACCCUCUUCACCCCAACGGAAGCCACAAGCAUCGUUGCCGCCACGGUCAUGUCCCACAACACUGUCCUGCGGCUGAGUCUGGACUAUCCUCAGCGGGAGGAGCUGGCCGGCUGCGCCCGCACCCUGGCCCUGCAGUGCGCGAUGAAGGAUCCUCAGAACUGCGCUCUCUCUGCCCUCACGCUGUGCGAGAAGGACCACAUCGCCUUCGAGACGGCCUACCAGAUCGUCAUUGACGCCGCCUCCACGGGUAUGAGCUACUCGCAGCUGUUCACCAUCGCGCGGUACAUGGAGCACCGCGGUUACCCUCUAAGGGCGUUCAAACUGGCCUCUCUGGCCAUGGCCCACCUCAACCUGGCCUACAACCAGGACACGCACCCGGCCAUCAACGACGUCCUGUGGGCCUGCGCUCUGAGCCACUCGCUAGGCAAGAACGAGCUUGCCGCCCUCAUCCCUCUCGUGGUCAAAAGCGUGCACUGCGCCACCGUACUCUCGGACAUCCUGCGCCGCUGCACCAUGACCGCCCCAGGCCUGGCCGGCAUCCCCGGCCGCCGCAACUCGGGCAAGCUCAUGAGCACGGACAAAGCGCCCCUCAGGCAACUGCUGGACGCCACCAUCAGCGCCUACAUCAACACCACGCACUCGCGGCUGACCCACAUCAGCCCACGCCACUACGGCGAGUUCAUAGAGUUCCUCAGCAAGGCACGAGAAACCUUUCUCUUGGCCCAGGACGGCCACAUCCAGUUUGCCCAGUUUAUAGACAACCUCAAGCAGAUCUACAAGGGCAAGAAGAAACUGAUGAUGUUGGUGCGAGAACGUUUUGGUUGACCACAGACAACGGGGGGUGGGGGGGACUCGUUUCCUUUUAAUUUAAAUUUAAGGCAUUAUUUCGUCCCAUUCUCUUGUUUUUGUAAUCCUUUGUGAAUUUCUACAUAUGUUGUUUUCUUUUGUUUGAUUUGUUUGUUUUUAAAUUGUGAACAACCACUGUUCACUAACUUAUUCUACCAGGUAGAAACCUGUGGAUGGGGAGAACAAGCUUAAUAAUGCUUUGUUUUUUUGUUUUUUUGGCUUAUGCUCGCUUUAGUUUAUUACGGAUAUCAAAUUUGCGAUUACACGAAAUGUAGACGUGGCACAUAAAGAGAAACCAAAUGACAGGCGGCAUAUAUUUUGAGCCUGGAAAGCUUUUCCAUCGUUGCGAUUGGUGUGGUUUUUUUUUUUUCUAUUUUUGUUUUUGAAGGAGCUUAAACACUCGGAUAAAAAAACAAAAAAAAAAACAACGGUCAUUCCUAAACACUCGCACACAGUGUUACUGUCAUACCUCGAUCGUAUUUAAGGAACAGCUUUAACAAACGGUCUUGAAGAGGCCUCGUGUUUUAAAGCAGCUGAGCAAAGAGAGAGAGAAGUGUUCAUCAUUGUAACCCAGGAAUUCUCCAGUGCACACCUACUUACCCUUCCUCACCAGGGCUCGAGUACUACCCCUCUCGCCUCUGUCCAUUCCUCUUGGUUUCUCAUCUUUUUUCAUCUCAUCUCUUUUUCAAAAAAAUCAAACAUAAAUGUAGCGAGGGGGAUCUUUGAGAAAGAGAUGAAGACUUGAAGUUUUGAGGUGCUGAAUCAGCCAUCAAUCAGCCAUGAUCUAAAUGAGAGGAACACUCAUAUUAUUUUACAGUAUCUUUCAUAAUCUGCUGCAUCUGUGUGUUAUGGUACAGUACUGCUAUCUUACAACUGAGGCACCCCUAUUGCUUUCUAUGUAACUUGUGUUGUGUGUACUUUUUUUUUUUUAAACAAAAUUUUAGCAAUUGUUCAAUGACAAUACAGAUGCAGCAGAUAAGAAUAAGAAACUGUAUGGGAAAUUGCUGGAGUGUUCCUAAAAUAUUUUUUCUUCCCCAGAAGGCGGACAGAGAUUAGCAUUAGCAGCAAAGAUUUUCUCAAUUGAUUCUUAAAAGGGUAGGGGAAAAAAUCACAAAAAAACGGUGUGAAUUUAUAGUAGUAGUUGUAGUUAUUAAAAGUUAUACAAGCACUUCAUUAACACCCACUUCACAAUCACAUCACAUUUUGUCUUGAUUAGCAAGUUUCCAGUGUGAACACUAAAUUCAAUUAAUCGCUCACAUGUUUAUACCGUUUAGGAUAAAAAAAGAACGAUUCAAAUUGUAAAUGCCAAGAGAAAGGGGAAAAAUUGUUUGGGGAAAAAAAAUCACGAUUUCUUCCACAUUCCGAAAACCGCACCACCCCUCCCCCCGCAAAGCGCCCUCUAGGGUCCCAACACUUAGAAAUGCACUCUGCGGCUUUGAACAGAAGGAAACGAGAAAGAAAGAAAGAAAGGAUAGAAUGAGAAAAGAGAUGCUCAACUCAGUUCUCAGGGAAUCACUUAAAAGAAACAAAACGAGAAAAAAAAUAGUAGCAUAAGCAUUUAAGAUAUUGUAAAUAUGAAAGUGUCAAUUCAAAAAAUUGUAAAGUUAUAAUUAUUUAUGAUAACUGUAUGUUUUUGUUUUUGGUUAUUUUUUCGGUUUCUUUUCAGAUACUUGAAUUUGUUGCGGGCUGGGAAUGUGACAGCAGUUAAAGAGGAAGACUUUAAAAGAAAAACAUUUCUCAGGUGCUCCUGUGAACAGUUUUUUUUGUAUUUACGGUUAUGUUUGUAUCCUCUUUCUUUUUCUACGUAGUUUUUUGUCACAAGAAAAAGCAUGGCAUGUACAUACUGAAUGAAAAAGAAAAGAAAGAAAGAAAAGGGGAAGACAAACGUUUAUGAACAGAAACGAACUGACUAUGCAGAACCACUUCCCUCCUGGCUCCGCCUCAUUCCUCGUUCGGCUUCGGCUCGUUCGGAUUGGACGGUUCGAUCAGUUGUCUGCAUGUCGCUGCAAACUGGGACGGACCCUUUUUUGCCUUUUUGACUGACCUAUGUACAUCUUUUUCUUUUAAAAUUUCUUUUGUUUUUACUUUCGAAGCCUUACAGUCCUCUCUCAAAGCGGCCGGCGCGGUGUUGAGUUUCAGGAGGUCUUGUUGCCAACGUCAGCCGAGUACAGUAGAACGAAGGAAAGAGAGAGAGAGAACAAGACCCAAGACGCCUUCCACUGUCCAGAACUGUCCAGGGUCGGGUGGUCGAGUCUGCCAGCUGGGUCAUCGCACAAAGUGGCACAUGUUUUGUUUGGUUUUCUGCCUACACCAAGCGUCAGUUGACACACUCUGUGUAUUUGGGCUGAGGGAGGGCUAAUGUCUGAGCGGCGGUUUGGAUAGUUGUACGUAGACCUCCACCGGCUCGCCAACACUUGGACAGAUGCCGGUUUUGGAUGGUUUUGUAUGAGGAGACUUUUUUGGUUUGUUAAUAGUUUUAAGUGUUUUUUGUUUGUUUGUUUUUACCCAGUUUUGGUUCCCUUAACUUCUUCCAAAUGAUCAGCCACAAAAUUCACACAAAAAAGAAGGACCUGUUAGUUAUAAAGCUGGGACCACCUGGUGUUAAUGACCUCCUUCUGCGGCCUUCCUGUUCUCCUGGUCUUCGUCUGGAUCUCAAAUUUAACAGCCAGUGCUGUUGCUGUCCUUCAAGUACUUCAACAGAAGAACUGAAGACCAUUUAGCAGAUUAGACAGGAAAUUGCCUUUUUGUCUUUUUCUUUUUGUCUUUGAACCAACGUCUGCAGGAUGAUCAUAGCGCUCUAGCCUGCUCUAUAAAACAAACAAAAAAAAUUCAAUAACCAAGCAAGCAUUUUCUGUAGCUCGACUUUAGCUGGUCUGACGGCAUCGCAAAAAAAAAGAGAAUAAACUUCUGUGGCUUUGAUUCUUCUUUUUUUAACCUCCUCUCCCCAUACUCUUUAAGUGUCUGUGUUGACUGUACCAGUGUUCUGAUCUGUCCCUAGAUUUUAGAAGGAAAAAAAUAAUCGCUGGUAGAGAUUGUUCACUAGUUCAUCUACUGUUUGAUUUUUUUUUUCCCUUUUUUUUUUCUUUUUUAAUUUAAGGGAAAGUGUUUGUCGCCUCUCUGUGCUACUGAAUUAUGAAAAGGUAUCCAGUAUUUGUUGCCACAAAAGUAUAGUUCAACAACGUUUUUUUUUUUUGUUUGUUUUUUUUUUUUUUUUUUUUGUGCAACCUCUUGAGCUAAUGUCUAUAAACAAAAAUUUAUUACUAUUUAUGUAAUGCUACUACCAUUUUAUAUGAUUUGUGUUGAAUUUCAGUGCUUUUCUAUGAAUAAAGUGUGAAACACG